GCUUCCACUUUUAUCCAUCCACCUAUAUCGUCUCUCCUCUCUGUCUCUCACUCUCUCUCUAUAUUUCUUGGAGCCCUAGAUUUUCUCUUCUCCAGUCCUUCUCCUCCGAUAUUUUCUCUAAACACAAAAAAAAAAAAAAAAAAAAAAAAAUGGCAAAUGCAGCAUCUGGGAUGGCUGUACACGAUGAUUGCAAGCUAAAGUUUUUAGAACUGAAGGCAAAAAGAACUUACCGCUUCAUUGUUUACAAGAUUGAGGAGAAGCAGAAGCAGGUUAUUGUUGAGAAGCUUGGUGAGCCAACUGAUAGUUAUGAGGAUUUCUCUGCAAGCCUCCCUGCCAAUGAGUGCCGUUAUGCUGUGUAUGAUUUUGAUUUUAUGACAGAGGAGAAUGUCCCAAGGAGCAGGAUUGUUUUCAUCGCCUGGUCCCCUGAUAUUUCAAAGGUGAGAAGCAAGAUGAUUUAUGCAAGCUCUAAGGAUAGGUUUAAGAGAGAGUUGGAUGGUAUUCAGGUGGAGUUGCAAGCUACUGAUCCUACUGAGAUGGGCAUUGAUGUUAUUAAAAGCCGCACUAUGUGAGCUAUGCAAUGGAGAUCUUUCCAACUAUCUGGUUCAAUGUUUAUAGUCAUGGAACUUAGAACUUGCUUUAAUCUAUGAUAAUGGCUUGGUGUUUUUUACGUUUAAAACUUCAUGAAUUGUUAUCUGUGGCUUUAUUGAGUUAUAUUAUUUAGUGUGAAAUUAUACACACUGCUUAUAUGCUGGAUUAUGGGGGUACAUAUCAAUUUCAGUUUGCUUAUUUGAA